AGAAUUUUUAACCUUUUACCCCUUUAAUUUUUUCCAAAAUUUUUUUUAAUUAAUAAAAAAUUUAUUAUUAUUUUUUUUUUUUUUUUUUUUUAUAAUUAUAAUUAAAAAGAUUUACCCAAAAGGAAAAAAGAAAAGUUACUUUGAAUAUAGAUUAUUUUUAGAAAUGCAAUCAAUUGAUAAAGAAUUUAAAAAACCAAAUAACCAUUUAAAAGAGAUACCAGCUGAACCACCAGCAACAACUAAGCAAGAAAAAAGAAACGAAUAUAAGUUAAUGAAAAAUAAAAAGCCAAAAGAUAAAAAAGUUACAUAUCAAUCAAAAAUGUCAAAUCCAGAAGAUAGAUGGGGUUAUGUUUAAACCCGAGCAUAAAUAAUAACCUUUUUUUUUUUUACUUAUAUAAUAUAUCAAUAAUCAAUAACUAAUAAUAAAAAUAAUAAAUAAACUAAUAAAAACAAUAGAAAUAAAAACAACCAUAGAAAUAAUAACAAUAACAGUAAUUAUAAAACCCUCUGUACUAUAGAUCCAACACACAUAUCGAUAAUUAAUCUUUGUAUAUAACCAAUUUUAAAUAUCAAAAUAAUAACUAAACUUUAAACCAACGCGAAAUUUACAAUAAACUUUUAAUAAUAUUACAUAUUUAUAUAAUAC